GUGUAGUCUUCUUGGACUACAUGUCAACACUUGUCGGCAGCGCUUUUUCUUUCUUUUUUUUUACGACACUUAACAAAAACAUUCACGACAGUGUCAUGGCGGCGCAGGGAGUCAGUUUUGAGAGUUCGCGCAGCAUCGACGAGAGAAAGGACAGCAAGCGACAGGCACGACAAGAGGCGAUAGAAAAGGCCAAGCAGCGGUACGAGAAGGAAGAGAGGAGGAAGGAGCUGAAGAGGCAGCGAGGGGAGGACACAUGGAUGCUCCCUGAGAUCAACCAGAGGCUGCAGGAGAUCGAAGACGACGGUUCUGUGAAGAGCAAGAAGAAGAAAGAGAAGAAAUCUAAAAAGAAAAAGGAGAAAAAGAAGAAGGCCAAAAAGGAGAAGAAGGCAGGAGGAGAUGGCUCUAGUGACAGCUCUGAGGACUCGGGGGACGGGUGGGUUGAGGCUCAGCCUCAGACACAAGCAGCCAAAGCCUGGCAGGUUUCUGACGAGCCCAAGCCUUCAGAGAGCGACGCCCAGAAUGUCCAGAGAGAUGAAUGGAUGACCUUUGACUUCCUGGCAAUGAAAACCACUUCCACAGCAGAGAAGAGGGCUGAGAAAGAACGACUGAAAGAGGAAGAGAGGGCAAAGGCUCAGGCCAUUGAACAGGCUGGUUUGCACAAAUUGGAGCUGAACCCGUACUGGAAAGAUGGAGGAAGUGGUCUGCCCCCAGAGGAGAAAGCUAGCACUGCAGCAAGCAAAGCUGCAGGCCCAGUAGUAAAUGAUGGAGGUCUGAGCUGGCUGAGGAAGAACUACCAGAGGAUGAAGGAGCAGGCAGAGAGAGAGCAACGCAGCCUUGAGGAUGUGGUGGCUGAAAGAUACGGAUCCAUGGAAGAGUUUCAGAAGAGACUUGCAGAUGCCGAGAAAGCUGUCUAUGGACAGAGGAGAGGAGGAGGAGGAGGAGCAGGAGGAGGAGGAGACGACAGAACGGCAAGAGGCGGGUGGAGGAAAGGGGAGAAUGAGUCCAGAGAGAGAUGGAGGAGAAAUGAGGAAGAUGGGGGAGAGCGAGAUCGGUGGAGACGGAAUGAAAGGGCAAGAGAUUCAUCACCCACAGACAGAGAGAGAUACCGUGCUGGAAGAGAUGAGGAGAGGGGAAGGCAUCGAGACAGGGAGGAAGAGAGAAGUCGAGACAGAGACAGGUUUAGAGAGAAAGAUAGAGAUAGUAACAAUGAUAGAGAGAGAGAUCGAGAUAGAGGAAGAGACAGGGAGAGGGACAGAGAUAGAGAUGGUGAAAGAAAUAGAGAAAGAGAGAGACCCAGUGUUUCUCCAUCAUCAUCGGGAGAUAAUUGGAGCCACCGUUCUCCCUCUCUUGGGUCACUAAAAAGCCGCUUCCUCAAACCCUCAGAAGAUGAUGGCAGUGGUGAAGCUUCAAAGCAACGCCUUCCCCCUGCACGGCCGUCUACAGGCUUCCUGAAACCCAGUUCUGACGAUGAAGACUCUGGUCACAGUCAUAGCAGCGUUCUAGCCUGGAAGAAGAGCAGCAAUCCCGCCCGUGAAGCAGAAGGCAUGGAAAAACCACAGCAGGAGAAAGAGAGUGAUCCUGAGAAGACUGUAACCGCUCCUCAAGACAGUCUGCGGGAUGAUAAAGCCGCCGUCACGUCAUCAAGGAGUGAGAGUGAAAGUGAGGAGGAAGAGGAGGAGGUUCCCCUGCUGACAGAGGAGGAGAUGAACAGAUUGGGAGCCAAACUGGUGAAGGCAGAGAUCAUGGGCAACACAGCCAUGGUCGAGAAGCUGAAAUCACAGCUGGACGCAGCACAGAAAGCCAAAGAGAGCCACACUGCCCGAAGGAAGCUACAAGAAACCGCUAAGUCCAAGCAGGUCACAGGUCGCUCCAGUGAAGACCAAGAAAUCCUGCUAUUCAGGACUGACCAAUCAGGCCGCGCCUGGCCAGUCAACGCUCCCUCUGGACCUCAGGAGCCCCACGGAGGACGACGGAAGAAGAAAGCGAUCGAGACUCACGUUGACGGAGAGCGUGUGCGCUACUUCCAGGAUGAUGACAAUGUGGGUCUGAAGGAGAUGGUGAGGAGGGAGAAGAUGAGCUCUGCACAGGAUCAGAAUGCCCUCUAUUCUCGCAUGGCUGCCAAGAUGAUGGGGAAGACAGAUGGUGACAACUACACGCUGGAUGACAUGUUUGUGUCGGGCGCGGCGCAGCGGGAGGGCGAGGGGAGGGAGGAGGAGAGGAUGAGGAACCAAGCCAUCGGUGAGAGUAGGAGGCUGGCUGCCUCCAUGGAGAAAUGCCAGCACUGCUUCAGCAGCCAAGAGCUCCAGAAGCACCUCAUCGUGGCAAUAGGGAGCAAGGUGUAUCUCAGCCUGCCUGCGGGGGUGUCGAUGACAGAGGGUCACUGUCUCAUCUGUCCUCUCCACCAUCACUGCUCCGCCACGGCGCUGGAUGAGGAUGUCUGGUCAGAAAUGCAGCUGUUCCGGCGUACUUUGGUGCGGAUGUUUGAGUCCCAGGAGCUGGACUGUGUGUUCAUGGAAACACACAUGAACCCACGAAAACGACGACACAUGGUCCUAGAGUGUAUCCCACUGCCACGAGAGUUGGGCGAUAUGGCUCCUAUAUACUUUAAGAAAGCUAUCAUGGAGUGUGAUGAGGAAUGGGCCAUGAACAAGAAGGUUGUCGACCUCUCUUCGAAAGACGUCCGCCAAGCUGUUCCUCGUGCUCUGCCCUACUUUGCUGUAGACUUUGGACUCCAGGGAGGUUUUGCUCAUGUCAUUGAAAACGAACAGAAGUUCCCCCAUUACUUCGGCAAGGAAGUAGUUGGAGGCAUGAUGGACUUGGAGCCGCGACGUUGGAGGAAGAUGAUUAGAGAGAAUUUUGACGAUCAGAGGAAAAAAGUCCUGCAGUUCGCACAGUGGUGGAAACCGUACGACUGUACCAAGACCGAGGGCUAGCUAGAGAAACACACGCACAGGAAUUACAUUAACGAUCCAGAAUUUGAUGUAAAAUUCCUAAAAAUUAGAAUGAAAACAUUUUUACUUAAAUAAAGAUUUUGUUUUAUAAAAUG